CCUCGAGGUCACGUUAAAAUGGCAGCCUUGUGAAGACGUGGAAGUGAGUUAAGAGAAACACUUGACGAUUGCAGUGCAUCUGUGUGAGAACGGGUUCUAGCUUAGAUCAGGCAGUUGAAGUGCCAACAUGAGGCGUAAUUCUGUCACCAUCCUCAAACUUCUGGUGGUGGCAGUCGUAUUUGUGUUGGCUGGGCCAAUGCUACUCAAACACCUGCUUGGUGGCAGCAAGAGAAGCCUCACCGAGGAGUUUGUACAUGCAGGCAAUGGAAUGUCUGCUAAAUCUGAUGGAUCUAAACAUCCCAAUGAGCUGCCGCCUGCAGAUGCUCCACUUCAGAAAAUCGACUGGCAUAACUACAAACAGAUUGCUGAAGAAGAAGAGAGGAAAGGUCCAGGUGAACAGGGACAAGCAGUAAUUCUGUCGCCAGAGGAAGAGAAACAAAAAAAUGACCUAUACAAGGUCAAUGGGUUCAAUGCCUUUGCCAGUGAUAAAAUUUCCCUACAGAGGUCACUCAAGGACAUUCGUCAUCAAGACUGUAAAACUAAAAAAUACCUGAACAACCUACCCAAUGCUAGUGUGAUUGUUCCAUUCCACAACGAGCAUUGGACCACGCUGUUAAGACUGUGUUACAGUGUACUAAACAGAGCUCCCAAAGGCAUGGUUCACGAAAUCAUUCUAGCCGACGACUUCAGUAACAAAGCACAUUGUGGGAAGCCAUUGGAUGAUUAUUUGAAGGAACACUUUGACAAUGUACGUGUGGUAAGGGCAAAGCAAAGAGAGGGUCUUAUCCGAACUCGUCUCAUGGGAGCAAAGGCAGCCACAGGGCAGGUCCUCAUCUUCCUCGACUCCCAUGUAGAGGCUAACAUCAACUGGCUUCCACCACUCCUUGAGCCCAUAGCCGAGGACUAUAAGACAGUUGUCUGCCCUUUUAUUGAUGUCAUUGACUUUGAAACCUUUGCGUAUCGUGCCCAGGACGAGGGUGCUCGAGGGGCUUUUGACUGGGAAUUUUUCUAUAAGCGUCUGCCUCUUCUACCUGAGGACCUCAAACAUCCUGCUGAGCCAUUCAAUAGUCCUGUAAUGGCUGGAGGGCUGUUUGCUAUAAGUACCAAAUGGUUUUGGGAACUGGGAGGUUAUGACCCUGGUCUGGAUAUCUGGGGAGGCGAACAGUAUGAAUUGUCAUUUAAGCUGUGGCAGUGUGGUGGUAAAAUGGUGGACGCUCCUUGCUCGAGAAUCGGGCACAUCUACAGGAAGUUUGCGCCAUUCCCGAACCCUGGUGUGGGAGAUUUUGUGGGCAGGAAUUAUCGGCGAGUUGCUGAGGUGUGGAUGGACGAAUAUGCAGAAUACCUGUACAAUCACCGCCCCCACUACAGAAACAUUGACCCAGGCGAUAUAACAGCUCAGAAAGCCAUCCGUACAAAGCUCAACUGUAAACCAUUCAAAUGGUUUAUGAAGGAAGUAGCUUUUGAUCUACCCAAGUUUUACCCACCAGUGGAACCUCCUCCAUUUGCCAAGGGAGAGAUAAGAAAUGUGGAGGCCAAUCUAUGUAUAGAUACACGAUACAAGGGUCAGAAUGAGAGGUUUCAACUGGAGCCUUGCCUCAAGGAUGGCAAGGGAGGUGGAGAACAGGAAUUCCAAUUUUCCUGGCAUAAAGAUAUACGUCCAGGGAAGCGGAGUGUUUGCUUUGAUGUCUCCCAGUCUAUCAAAAAAUCUCCUGUCAUUCUUUUUAAUUGCCAUGGGAUGGGAGGCAAUCAAAGAUUUAAAUAUAAUAUGGAUACUUCACAAAUUUACCAUGUAAUUAGUAAUCAGUGUUUGGACUGUGAUCCAGGCAGUCAUGAACUUUUCACAAAUCCCUGUGAUAAAAACUUAAAAACCCAACAGUGGAAAGUAGAGACUGUUAAUGAAACGGCAGUUAGAACGGAAUGGAAAGCUGCAUAAAGACGGACAACAAACAGCGCCACCUGGUGUGGUGCUAUCAAAUGUGCCUGACUCUGCUGACAACAGAUUCACAGGGACUAGACUAAGUGUUUAUUUAUGCUGAUUAAAUAUCAUAAUUGAUUCAUUUGUAGUGCACAGAUAUUCCCUUAUUUGUCAGAGUUAGUAUCCAUUGUUAUAUUAACAAAUAACAGUGUCUUGUAAAAAAACAAAAAUGAAAAUUGAUCUUAGCAAAAUAACAUUUUGACGUAAACUUGAAAUUGAUCAGUCUAAAAAUCUUGAUACUUAAGAGAAAACUAGUUAUUAAGGAAUUGAUAAAUUUUCCUCAGCAAAAUGGGAAGAAAUUCUGGUUAUUGAAUUUGAGUACAUAUUCAAUGCAUAAAUUUGUUUGGUAUCCUUUACGCAAAAUGCUAACCAUAAGGAGAUUGGUCUCACAUUUGAUAGCAAGGAGUGAUCUCUUAAUCCAUUGUGAUAUGUGAUCACAAUGUGUUGUGAUGUCGUAAUGUUCUUGUUAAAAUGAUUGAAAAAAAAUAUAUUGAUUAAAAUUGGUUAGAAAAAACACUCCAAAUUUGAGUUUUAAGAAAACAGCAAAAUAAAGUUCAAGUCACAAAAAAUCUGCGAUGUAAAUUUUUCAUUUUGGUCUUAAUUGGAGCAGCACUCUUUCAUACCAAUGAUUUUUUAUUGAUUAAUCCCAUUACUUAAAAUACUAGGCAAAGUGAUUUUCUUCCUUAUUCAUGCUCGACUCGUAAAAAAUAGGAUUAUAGAUUAUUAAACACCAAUUUUAUUAUCUUUAACAGAUAAUAAUCUUUUUUUUCACAGACUUUAAGUUCUCUCUUGUACGAUUUAUGGUUUUUAAAAUGAAUGCAGUCAUUUAUAUGGAUUAUAAUGGACAUUGUGCCCUGAUAAAUCUUCACAUUAUAAGAAAACCAUAUUUUUAAAAUAACUUUUCAUACAUAACCUUAUAUUAUCACGCAAUGUAAGAAAGUUCAUAUCUAUUUUUGAAUCAGCCUGUUGUCUCUGUGGUACAGUACACAUAUAUAUUAUAGUACAUAUUAACAUAUACCAAAUAUUUAUUUUUGUGCACUUCUAUCGUGUUUAAGGUUGAUAUUGACGUACUUAAUGACUUAAUGUAAAUGUGUAUAUUAUCAACCUUUGUGGUAUUUAAUUCACGAAUUGUAUGUAAUUGAAACCUCUUGCUGUACAUAAUUUUAUGCUUUUCAACAAAAAGCCAAAUUGUUGUUUAUUUAUUACAAGUUAAGGUAUGUCAAGUGUUAACUAAAUUCUUUUUUUUUUUCUUUGUCGUAAGUUUUAUCUGAAAGUCCCAUUUGUUGUUGAAAUACAUUUUUUUUCUGUCUGCUCUGUUUAUUUAAAUAUAGGGUAAUUAAUUUAGACGAAUUGAUUUAGCCUAUCUCUAAUGAUUGACUUUCUCGAGUGUUAGUGGUUGUUUCAUGAAUUUUUCAUAGUGUGUAAGUUGCAUUUAGUGAAUGAUACACUUGAUACAUAGAGUAAAAGGACCUUAGCUGAUGGAAUCACUUAAUCAAAGUAUCUCAUUAAUUUCCCAUUUUUCAUCAAUAGUAAUUCUUGAAAUGCUUUUAAUCCUCAAAAUUGAACCUACACACACAAAAAGAGGGGACAGUAACUUAAAAUUUAGCAUUUCAGAGAAAAUGAAGAUCUGCAUAAAGACAUUAACUAAAGUCUCAAAAUCAAGUGUGUUUAAAUUUCCAUAUUCUUUAUGCUAUUGUAUUAGAAAACACCUACAGCUAUUUCAUUGCCAAUAAUGAUAGUUCAUUGUAUAUUAUCAGCUCUUAUUCUUGUAAGAUGUAUAAAAUUAUGUAAACUUAAUUAUUCAUUUUACAACAACUGCAUAAAAAGUCAAUACAACUUAUACUAAUCACACUUGUUGGCGGAGAUGGAAGCCUGCGAGGGGUCUUAGUUUGGGAGGAAACCAGAGAACCUGGGUAAAACCUGGCAGGUGACCUCAUACCUCUUCACAUCCGAUUGGGGAAUCAAACCCCUGGAGUCGCCUAGAUGAAAGACAAGCAUAUUACCACCGCGCCAUAUAUGAUGAAUACUCAUAUAGGAGAAUUGACCAUCAUAUGGUGGUGAUUAUUUUUUUACAAUAUGUUUAAACUAAAUGCUUUGGAAAUUAAAGAUUAAGUAAUCAUUCAAGUUUGAUAAUUUUAGUCUGUGAUUGGACAUAAAUAAUUUGGCAAAAUAUUUCAAAUUUAAAAACUAAAAAAAAAAGAAACUCUUAUUUAGAUUAAAUUUCUUUUGAUCAAACUAAAAAUAAAGCUGAUUCAACAGACUCCAUAGUUGUUAAUAUACUGUAGGUUGGUGCCGAUUAGUGAUAGAAAAAUUUGUCUACAAGUACAUUAUUGAAUAUUUGAUCUUUCCAUAAAACACAGUGCACUGUUUGUUAACACAACUUUUGUUUAGUUUGUAAUGGCAUUUCCUGUAUCGUCUACAUGAAUGGAUAACAAAGUAAAAUCCUAUUACAACAAUGUGUAUUAUACAUGAAAUAACCUUACCAUGUUUACAAUGUAAAUUAUACAUGAAACACCUUUAUAACAUGUAUACAAUGGAUAUUAUACAUUCAAUACCUUUGUGAUAUGUAUAUAAUGUAUAUUAUACAUGAAAUACCUUUAAGACAUGUAUACAAUGUAUAAUAUACAAUGUACAUGAAAUACAUUAGCAUGUACAUAAUGGAUUUAGGAUACAUAAUUCUUUGUGUAUACAAUAUAUAGCUGCAUGACUUUAACACAUACUUUACAUGCAGAUAGUUGUACAUACUUUGGAGGUACACUAGACAGUUUGAUGAUUAUGUUAUAAUUAAGGUUUUAUGUCAAUCUUUAUAAUAUAUUUGAAAUUGCGAUAAUUCAGUUGGUUUGAUUAUUAUUAGGUUAUUUAGGGUAAUAUGGCAUUCUAAUCCUUUAUACAAUAUAUAUAUGAAAUGCAAUGUAUUAAUACUUGAUUUGGAAUUACAUUUUCAAUUUAAUGUAAGUGUAUUUACUCUGUAUCUCAGUCUAUGAAAUUCAUAUUAAGUUAAAGUAAAUGUCUUAUUCAGAAACUAAAACAUCUUGAAACAUAUUAAACCACCUAACACAAAAACCCAUUAAAAAAAAAUCAUAAAUAUGACCCUGGUUUAUAAAAAUACUGUAACAGUAUUCCUACUUAUGCAUAUGUUCAUUCAUUUCAUUGUUUGCUUAUCAGCUUUGAUGAAUGUCAAUGUGUGUACUUUGUAAGCAAUUUCCGAUUUCAACACACAACAGGUUACUGCGGGUGACAUUGAUUACAAGGGAGAUAACUCCGUUGUGUUUCAGACUCAAAAAUGUACUAGAUCUCUUUGGGUGCAGCUUUAAGCCUCAUAGUUCUUUUUCAAAUUAACAUCAGUCUUUAAACAUAUUUGUUAUACCUACCUCAUACAUCGUACACCUUAAUUUAAAAAUGAAGCAGGUAAACACACCAUAAAACUAAUAGAAUUACAGAUUUGAUUUGAUAACAAAUCCUGUAUAUGUACAUAGGACUUUUCCAGUAAAAUGUCUACCCCACCCCAGGACUCCAGGUUUGGUUAAGGGGUACCACCUAUAGAAUUUAUUUAAUAAAUUGCAUAGAAAUAAUAGGAAGGCAAUCCCACCAUGGAUAGAAGUGAUUUUUUGUGGAGUCCAGGGGUCAGGUAGAUAUUUUAACGGAAUAGCCCUAACAUAAUGUACAAAUCAUGUUCUAUCUGUAGAUAUAGCUGUGUGGUGAAGAAUUUGAAUACAAAAAAAUGUACAUAAAAUAAUCUGUAAAUCACA